UCUGAGCCCUAGAAUGAGCAGCAUGUCUAAAGUUUCUCCAAAUUUUGCUUUGUUUUCAAUUACCACAAAUACCGAUUAAUUUAUUGUCUCGAUAUAUUUCAAAGAUGGAGAAAAAAUUAAUCAAGCUAUGUGAAGAUGGUCAAAGUAAUGAGCUAGCAAAAACUGUGCAAGAAAUUCCAAACCAGGAGCUUAAUCAGAUGGUUGAAAACAGAGCUCUUCGAGGGAAAGGAGAGGUUUUGCCUUUACUACAAGCCAUUUUACAAGGUAUUUCUGCCACAGAGCCGAGGAAUGUGAAGAAAUGUGUGUCAGUGUACACUCACUGUAUUAACCUUCUAGAGAGGAAUGAGAUGAGCAAUAAAGAUGCAUCUAAUGUUGUUGGGCUUCUCAUGUUGGAGGUGGAUGGAUUACCAGGAACAGCGCUGACAGAGUUGUCCAGCUUGUUUAUUGACUUGGUCAAGAAUGGUCAGGCCCAAUGUGGAAAGGGACUGGAGCUUCUGCCAAAACUCUUAUCAGCAUUGGCAAAUGAAGAAACAGUAAUUUAUGGAGACAACAGUAUGAGUGGAACGGAGUUCAAAGGUCAUAUCCUCAACAGCCUCUGUGCCUGCAGAUGGAAUGCUCAGAGUGUGAUUCACCUUGCGGGAAUGUUUAAAGAUGUCAUCAUGACAUUGGAUGAGCUCAAGUUUGUAAUGGAGAAGAUGCUGAGAAUGCUGAAAGAACUAGAACAUGCUGAUCUACCAGCUCUGGUGUAUCAGCUUCUCCUCUUAUCUGUAAAGGGACAUCAGCGUCUUGUCAUUGAAGGAAUCACAAACUUUUUCAUAGAACAGGACAAACACUUACGGGGCAAAUCACCAAAUGAACUCAGUGAGGAUCUGAUGGAAGAUGAUAAUGAGGAAACAGUCCGCCAUAUCGAAGGCACAAUCAUACUUCAUGUCAGCUUCGCCACCAAGCUUGACCACAAUCUUGGCAAAGAGUUCAUUAAAUUUCUCAAAAGUCAACAACAGGGUUGUACUACACAGGUGUUGGCCCCAUUCAAUCUAGCCCUGGCUCUAUCACUGUCCUGUAUUCACAGAUUCGAGGACCAGGUAUUUGACUUCCUUAAGGUGACAAUUUUAAAAAGUUUUAAGGACUGUGAUAAACAGGAUCAAUCUGCAUGGGUGAGAGAGGUGGUCCCUCAGAGCUGUCGUAUACAGGAUCUGGUACUGGAGACUGUACAGAACAGUGUAUAUGGCUGGGACCAUGUGAUACAUGGAUUGGUACAGCUAGGUUUUGUGUUGAUGGACUCCUUUGGGCCAAAAGCUGCAGCUUUUGGAAGACUGGAGGAUACAACCAAUGUGCCCUCAAAUACACCCUCCCAUCGCGCUUGCCAGCUGGGCAGCAAAAUAUUGCUCCAUACCUUCAAGGCACAUGAGAUGGUCAGAGUGGAUAUUUUGGAGCAUAUAUUUAACCGAGUAGUUACCAAGGCAACGUCCCCUGUCAGCCAUUACCUGGAAUUACUGGCCAGUACUGUGAUGUCAGCACCCCAGAUCCUACUGGAGUCUACCCCCAAGGUGCGUGAGAUGUUUGAUUAUCUGUCUUUCCUCACACCUACCUCAGCCGAAGGACUGCUCAAAGCCAUUCAGCCACUGCUGAAGUUCAGCAUGUCGCUAAAGGAUGCUCUCAUCUUAGUGCUGAGGAAAGCCAUGUUUUCAAGGCAGCUGGAUUCGAGAAAGAUUGGUGUAAAUGGAUUUCUAAUGAUCCUAAAGCAUUUUCGAGUCCUUGGAGGAUUACAGCCCAGUCAGGCCAGUCAGUCAGUCUCAUCAAGCCAGAUCCAAGUUGAUGUGCAUGCUCGUUACAAUCCAUCCAGCAACGAGGCUCUGUGUCUGGAGAUCAUGGGAAAUCUACGGCGUGUCCUGACUCAGCAGGCCGAUGUCCGACUCGUCUUCUACGAGGGGAUCUACAGAGUUUUGUGUCGGAACAGCCAGCUCCAGGGACCUAUACUGGAUAUACUUCUGUCACAGUUAAAAAAGUACUACGAACCAUCGGAGGAUGUGAACCCACCAAUGAAACUUGACAUGUGUAUUUGUGCUCAGGGAGACCAGGUCUACCUUCAGGAACCACUGGCCCAUCUCCUCGGUUGCGUUCAAUUGUCACUCCUAAAGAUCAGCGAUAUUCGUCGACAGCAGACCGAGGAUGAACCUGAAGAUGAGACCCACAUCCUUGCUGUCAAGUCGGAGCUGGAGGACAUGCUAGAGAGCAUUACCCGGAGGAUGGUCAAGUCUGAGAUGGAGGACUUCGAGCUGGACAAAGCUGCUGACUUCUCCCUAGGAAAUAGUGUUGGUGUGAAGAACAACAUCUUUGCCAUCCUUGUGCUGGGCACGUAUGAGGUGCUCAUGGAAUACACAUUUCUGGCUGGACAGUUUAGUAUGAACAGUAUCGGGGAGGUACUAGAGUUGUAUGAGAAUUAUCACAAGUUAGGAUCUGUACUGAAGGAGAAGGCCAAUGCUGCGGCUGGAAAGAAAGGUAAAGGCCCUGUAGGUAAAGCCCCACGGAGCAUGAUGUCCCUGGACUGUGUCACGGCCAUUCUGGAUGCCAUUAUCAAGGACUCGGCACCAAGUCAUCAAGAGAGUGUACAGGCCUUGCGAGACAACAUGGACUUCAGGAAGUAUGUGAUGGGUGUAGCUCUGCAGAGAAUCCAACAAAUACAGGACAAGGGAAUAUGUGAUGGUCUGGAGGCGGGGGACAGCAACAAGAUACGCCAACUUGUCUGUAGUCUUGGCAGUGCUUUCCUGAAGCAUUACUCUGAGAACCAGAAGCCAGAGGAGGAAGGGAAACGUAACCGCAGCAAGGGCAUCUGUGGUCAGUGUCUGGAGGGACUGGUCAGCAUAAUGACCAUACUCACCCAGCAACACAAGGAUCAGCUUGCAAUCUGUCUCUGUAAUAUCUUAGGAGCACAGGACCCAGACAACCACCAGGAGGUGAUUUACAGCAACAUUAAAAAGUUCCAGAGGCUUGUGAUGAACCUUCUGUCAGUGGAAGAAGAUGACCACAACUGGAAGGAAGUGGCCCAUCUACUGACCAUUAUACAGUUGCUAUGCCGUGAGCUGACUUCCACCAAUGGACAGUUUGAGAAGGUGUUGGAUUGGAUCCACAAAAUCUGUACGGAAAAAGCUAUAGAUGAUUUGUCCACCUGUAAACUGCUCUUUGGAAUGUUGCUGGAGAUGACCCAGCAGAGAAAGAGUUGUCCCCCUUACCUACGAGACAUAUCACAAGAUAUCCACACCCAGCUCGGUGACAUUGACCAGGAUGUUGAGGUGGAGGAUCGAACCCAUCAUGCUUCCGUCACUGCCCGUACAGCCGCUCCAACCAUUCUUCUCUUAGUCCUACAACAGGUGGAAAGGGAACUGGACGACACAGAGUGGGCUAUCGCACGGAUAAAGGCCAACAUCCUCUCCGAAACACCAAAUGAUGACGCAGACGAUCUCACCCAACGUGAAGGUCACGAGAAAUCAAUAUGUAGUCGCGUGGGUAUCUUGGUAACGGCCUUCCAUGAGCUCAUUCAGUCAGCUGUUCCCGUCGGAGUCUGUGUCGAGGCCAUGAUCAAACAGGCGACACGUCUGUUCGGCACCCUAACACUUCUUGUCAAAUAUUACCUUGCCAUGUAUGCUCAGAAAGCCCACCAUGUGACUGCUCGUUUUGAGAAACUGAUCAAACUAACAGGAACACACCUUACACAGCAUUGCUACGCCAUGAUCACCUAUAUACAGACAUCAGAAAGUGAACAUAUCCAGCACACUGUGGAGAAACAUGGUAAAAAGGACAAGAAGAAGGCAUCAGCUGCUGCCCAGGCAGGCAGGGCAAAAGUGAUGAAGCAGUCGAGAACGAUACCUAACUUGAUAUUUGCAAUUGAAACAUUUGAAAAGUUUCUUAUUCAACUUUCCAAAAAAUCUAAGAUUAAUCUGAUGGAGCACAUUAAAAUCAGUACUUCUCGGGACUUCCGUAUUAACACAGCUGCUGUACAGGAAGUUAUGGCUGAGGUAUCAGGCUCAGACAGCGAGGGGGAAGACAGUAAUGGAAAUGCUGAAGAUGACACGGUUGUCAGUGAUAAUGGCAGCAAGCAUUCCAGUUCAGAGGAGGACCAGGAAAAUCAAGAGCCUGCAAACAAAAGGCCGUGUCUUGACCAACCUGCUAUUGCUGCAAAAACAAAUAAACUGGUUAAAAACAAGAAAAUGGCCAUCAAAAAGUGAUGUCAUACAUUAACCUUCAGAUGUGAAAUCUAUAAUCAGCUUGUAGUUGGAUUCGGGCAGAAAUCUGUUAAAUUAUGUUAUGGAUAUUUUCUUCAAUCAAUUCGGUAAGACUUGCCCAGAUAUGUCCCUUUCAAGUAUUCAGUAAAUAUUCUGGCAGGUAGCAAUUUAUAAGGCUUCAUGUGAUUUUUAUUGAUACUAUGAAUCUUUUAAGAAUGACUGUAAUGAUUUAAGAGCAUAAGAUAUCGGAUAUUUUCAGACUCCUAGUACAGUACAUGUCUUACACCAAGCAAUUGGGAAAUCAGGGGGGCUUCACUAAAAGUACUAUAUUGUUUUAUUGUUAAUGAUACAUUUUGUUGUUUGUUGUUACGUGUUUGUA